AUGGUCUCUGCUUGUCAUCUGCGUCAUGUACGGCCUCAAACAGUUGUCGGUUCUAAGCUUGAUGCUUCUCUCUGUAUCGGCAGCAAAAAAUCCCCUAAGAACAAUUGUGCGCAUAUUCAUCUUGGAAGUCCUCGCCCUAUUACUAACAGGGCCAUGCAGGUGGGCAUUGAAACAGCCGAGAAGAGCCGUGGUAUUGAUGUGCCAUUGAAUGAUUGUCAUCCGAUUGAGGAAGAAGACGUUCUUACUGUGUCUUUAAAAAAGCCAUGCCGGCUUUUCACCGGCCCUGACUGCACAGGACGCAACACAUUCUUAAGCCCUGGAGAGCACUCUUCCAAGGACCCAAUUCCGGUCAUCGAGUCGAUAUUUUGCCAGCCAUCUUGA